AUGCUUAAUGUGUUGCUAGUGGUGGCCACUGAUGUCUUGGGCAGACGAUGGUUCCUGCCACGCGGGUUUUGGAACCAGUUAAUGCAUGCGCUUCUUGGCAACACAACGGGCCGUGCUGCUACCAGCUCUGAGGUAUCCUUUGACCCCUGGCAGGCCUACCUUGAUCGUGCGAAGUCCCAGGUUGCUAGGCCUGAGACUGCUGCCGCCGCUCGAUUGCCCUCCAAAGGCAAGAAACGUGCCAAGUCACGUGCUCCAGCACCUACCAAGCCGGUAGCUGCUCCAAGAGUGCCCUGGCAUUCCUUGAGCCUUGUGUCUGAGUUUAAGGAUGAUGAGCUUGCGCUUACCCAACUCACCAGGCCGGUGCAGAAUGCAUGCGGCAUUGUUUUCUGUGAGCUGGAUGACAUGAAGGAGACCCUCAAGCUCACGUCUGAACAUGCUUUCGCUGCCUUGUUUCCUCCCAAGCCUGAGCGUUUCUGCAUCCCUCCUGCCUUCAAGGGCACACAGACAAACCUUGUUGUGAUUGCUCGGCAGGGUGGAGAGGAUGUCCUGAAAACCUGUGUCUGCUUCCAGCUUGGCGCUCGUGCUGCAGUUUUAGGUGUUCGCACAGCUGAGGUUGCCCUGCCUGCUGCUAGGACUGUUGAGUUUCAGGCCUCCCUUGCAUGCGAACCGGAAUGUGCUGAUGUGCAUAAGGCUCUCUCAAAUCACGAUGCCGUACAUGCUUGGUCGGAAGUGUUAGCUGAACACCUUGACGCUCGGCCCACGGAGUUGUACAAUGUGUUUCGUCCCAAGGACCCUGCAACGCCCGCCACGGUCAAGUUUCGGGUCUCCGCUGAUAAAGCUGAUGCACUUGAGGCCAAGAGUGGCACCUCCGGUAUCAUUGUCAGGCGAUGGCUAGUUAGGGGCACCAAGCCUCCACUCACCCCACUUGUGUGGCUUCGCGGGCCUUCCAGUGUCAAUUGUGCCAUGGCCCUUGCCCAGGCAUCCAGGUGUGAAGGUUUUCAGGGGUUGGUUCGCAAGGAUGGCAAGUAUGCUGCCCGGUUUACUGCCGAGCACUUAAAGCAGGCAAGACAGGCCCUGGAUCCCACGCGCUAUCAGGAUGACAACAUUGGCAUGGUGCCAACAGCAUCCUGGAUUGUUUCAGGUUUUCCACCAGGUACUGACCGUGAUCAGGUGCAUUCUUUGCUGCAUGACUGGGGCUGGACGGUUAUUCCUGGUCAGCCUAACCGCAGUGCGUGGACAGUGCAUGCAGCUGAUCCCCCGCCGGCCGCUCGCUGCUAUGCUAGCUGUGGCCCCCUUCUGAUUAAGUCUGUGAGUGGCGAGGCGGCGCAUCUCCCCAGUGCGACUGCUAAGGCGGGCAUUGCGGUUGCAGCGCCCAUGGAUGUUGAGCCGCAGCCUGUUGUUGCAUCUCCGUUACCGCUGAACUUGCGAGAGGAGCUUGACAAGCAUGUCUCUGUGCUCCGGCAGUCGCUCUCCGCUGAGGUGGCGGAAGUCAGUUCCAGGCUUGAUGAUGCCCAGCGUGAGCUUUCGGACAAGUGUCGGGACCUUGGCACACAGGUAACCGAGCUACAGAGGAGUCAGACUGAGGUCACGUCCAAACUCUGUCAUUUGAGUGAUGAGCUUUCCAACCUGGAUAUUACUGGUGCCGUUACUUCUGCACUGGCCUGCUCCUUGCCCGCGGCGCUGCAAAGCGCGCUGCCCCAUGUCCUCGGCUCAGGCAUUUGCAUUUUCCGCGUGUCGCAGGCCUUCCUACUUUUCUUUGACCGUGCUUGGCGGUCCAGCCUUGCUUUUCUUUCUGCGCAGCUCUCCCUGUGCUGCAUCUGUUGCGCCCUCCCUCGGCCGUUUCUGUUUCAUGCCACCUGCUUGGAUGCCCACCUUCCUGCCUUGUGUGGUGGUGCUUCGCAGCAGGCUCACCCUGGUGCAUCGACUGGUGGGUCAUCCUCUGACAGCGUCUCCCGCAUGCCUUUGCCCAACCUCGGCAACACAUGCUGGCUAGCCGUUGCGUUACGCGUCUGUCUUCACGCUGAUUGGGGCUUCCCCAUCCCUCACUCUGAUUGGCAUGAGUUUGUCGCUGACAUGACAAAUCUUGGUUUUCACGAUGGCACUCAACGCGAUCCUUUUGGACUUCUUGAGGCUCUUUGCGUUGCUCAUCCUGAUUGGGCUGAGCCUCGCAUGUGGGCUUUUCAACGCCUUGCCACUUGCACUGGUUGUGGCUCUGCACGUCCGCUUCCGGUUGAUACUUGCCUUACUCCGACGUUGCGUGUCCCGUCCGAGCCUUCUUCACUUGACCAGCUGCUCUUGGACUUUACUUCCCCGUAUGGGCAGAAUCUUGACUGCAGUGCAUGUGGGCGGAUGCCACACAACCUCGGCUCGUGCAUGCCCGCUGACGCUUUGGAUUCGUUGGUCCUUUGUCUUCGUCGUGCCACUCUGCACGGACGCAAAAGCCGUGUCUCUGUUCAUGUGCCGUUGCAGCUUGACUUCGCUGGACAGCGCUACACCUUACAGCUUGCUGUUCUGCACUUGGGCAAGCGUGCUGGUUCCGGACACUACGUCGCCCUUGAGCCUUGUUACGGUGUGGAUUCUUCGUCGCAAGCUGCCCACUGGACUCUCUUUGAUGACGCAGCGGUGAGCACUGUGUCAGCUCCCCGGUCUGGUGAUGUGCGUUCCGGGUCUCCGGCUUGGGACUUGUCUCGCGACGCCGUCUGUUUGGUGUUCCGGCGGGAUGGCGCGCCAUCUCGCUUGCAUCUUGUCAAUGCCAACAUUACUUCAUGGUUCAGUGGCUGGCCGCAACUUGCCAGAGACCUUGAAGCCUCCCUGCGUUGUUCUGGCGUCGGUGAUGCCGCUCUGGCGCCGCCUUCUCUUUGGUUUCUGCAGGAGACCCACCUGACCCCGUCUGCGGUGCGGUCAUGUGCUGCUGGCCUUUCUAAGCUUCGCUUACACAGUGUCUUCCGGUGUGGUCCUGCCAGUCGAGCCGUCAACACACCACACGAGUCUGGUGUUGCUGUUGUGGCUACCGUACCGCUCAAGCUUGCUUCCUUCACGAACCCGCUCCUUUGUCAGCUCCAGGCUGCUGGGCGCUUGCUGCAUGCGGUCUGUGCCGUGCGUGGCUCCGAUCCAUUGCAUGCUGUUGUGUUCUACGGUUACUCCGGUGGCACGCAGCGCUCUGACAUCCGUGACCGUACUGAGCAGGCGCUUGCGGCGAUCGCCGAAGAGUGUGUUGCGUGGGGCAACGUUCCAGUUGUGCUUGCUGGGGACUUUAACUUCCCUGUUGAUGACUCCCACACCUUGGCUCAGCUUCAGCUGCGUGGGUGGCAUGAUGCAGCGUGGACUUCUGCACGAGCUGCUGGUGCCACCCCGCCCCCCACGUGUUUUGCUCAGGCUAAGAAGGGUGCUGGCACUCGGGUAGAUGCGCUCUUUCUCAACCCUCGCCUGGCUCCCGCUUUGUGUGAUGUCAGCUAUCCGCCGUCUGGCCUUCCCGUGCACAAGCCCAUGGUUGCUACCUUGCGUGUUUCUGUGGCUGCUGGCUACGUUGUCAAGCAUCCGUUGCCCGUCCGCCAGGACCCUGCCUCGGCUACUGCUUGGGAUCCACCCAGUGCUGCUGCUUGCGAUGCGCAUGUGCAAAAGCUUUGGUCUGAAGUUGCUCCUGCCUGGCAGCGUGCUCGCAACACUGGUGCUGUUGAGUCUUUGUGGCCGCUCCUUACGCGUGUGGCCGACGCACACUACCGCUGGUAUGCUGGCAUUGCGACCUCGGCUCGCGCGCCAUGCAGAGGAUUGCCUGGACCACCUAGGCGUGUACGCAUGGCCCCUCCUCGUCUUCGAGACGAUGUUGCCUCCCCUGCAACCGCAGUCAAGAAUGCAGCGCGCCAGCGUUUUCUCAGGUCCCUUGAGCAGGCUGCCAGGCUUCGGUCGUUGGUUGCUGCCGCUACGUCUGUUGAUCUGGAAAGGGAGUUGCGAGCCCUCUGGCAGCGUCUCUGUCAACGUUCUGCAAUGUACGUGCCUGCCGAUGUGUGGACAAGCUGGUUCCCCACUCCAGCUCCCUUGCCUGACUACCGUGGUCUUUGUCUUGCUGUCGACUACGUCUCCUCGGCUGUCAAUCGCCAGCAUGAGGCAGAGACUCGCUGCCGUCUUGCCUCGUGGCGUGAGACCUGCCGCGCCCGGUGGCGUGAUCCCAAGCAGAAGCGCCACGUCUUCUCUUGGGUUCGUGACUGUCGUGCUCCGCCGCUUGUUUCGGUCAAGCUUCCUGGCUCUGACUCUGUGUCUUUUGAGCCCACCGACGUGGAGCGUGUCUUGUGGUCCAAGUGGCAGCCUGUUUUCUGCCCGUCUGACGGCGAAGCACCCUGUGUGGACUUUGAUGCUUUUUGGCGUCGCUUUCGCCAGUACGCUGUCUCUGCACCGGUUGCCCUGCCGAGGAUUACUGCUGCCCACCUCCGUGAUGCCAUCCGCUCCAUGUCCGACUCCUCGUCUGGUGGUGCUGAUGGUUGGACUGUCAGUGAACUCAAAAGCUGGCCUGACUUCCUUCUGCAGAAGCUUGCUGACCUUCUUAAUGAUGUUGAAGACUCGGGAGGGCGCUGGCCUCCUGAUUUGCUACUUCAGGUUGUUGCUCUGGUCCCCAAGGAUUCUACUGAGGAAGACCAACGGCCCAUCACAGUUGCUACUUUGGUCUACCGGGCCUGGGCAUCGGUGAGGGCACGUCAGCUGUGUGAGUGGGCUGAGACCUGGGCGGCUCCAACGCAGUUCGGUUAUCGACGGGGUAAACGCUCUGUUGAUCCUGCUUGGUUGUCGGCGGCUGCGGCUGAGCAGGCGUGGAUCAAACAGAGUCAUCGCAUGGGUUUCUCGCUGGACCUUGCUAAGGCGUAUGACUCGAUCCCGCACCAGGUUCUUUACAACCUCCUUGUCCACAGUGGGUUGCCUGUGAGCUUUUGUGAUACUUGGCUUGGCGCCAUCCGGGGCGCUCGCAAAUUUCUAAAAACAGCUCAUGGCCUUGGGCGGGAGUUCAGUGUGAACCGCGGCCUUCCUCAAGGUGAUGCUCUUGCGUGCAUCGGCAUGAACCUCCUCAUGUCGGUGUGGUCCCGUGCGGUCGCUUCUGAAACUGCUGUCUCGGUGCGCAGCUACGCAGACGAUGCUACACUUGAAGCUGAAGGUGGUCGUCCUGUUCCGGUUUCUCGUGAGCUGCGGCAGGGCAUUUGCGUCACCGAAGAGUUCAUGAGUCUCACUGGUCAGCAACCGAACGUGCUCAAGAGUUUCGGGUGGGCCACUACCCGCACUGGUCGCUUGCAGAUCAAAACUUUACAGCUUCAAGGCCAGCCUCUCCCUCUCAAAGCUGCUAGCAAGGAUCUUGGUUGCCAGGUCGUGUUUCAUGGUCCUCGUCGCACACAGAUUCAGUGUGAGCGUUUCUCAAAGGCUCGUAAAGCUGCGAAGCGCGCCCGCUGCGCUCCCCUUCCCCUCCUGCAGAAGGCCCAGCUGGUCUGCGGCGCUGCUUCAAGCCUUGCCAACUACGGCCUGGAGACUUGCUUUGUUGGUGAGCGACCUUUGCAAGAGCUCAAGCAAUCCAUCGUCUGUGCCAUUUGGGGCCCCAAGCGGCGCAUUCGGUCGGCUGAUGCUGUCCUGUUGCUUUUCACGCAGGCCCACCUUACUGACCCUUUUCAAGCACGUUUCUGCCAGAGUUUCUGUACCCUUCAGAGGUGUUUGCUUGCCGAUGAUGCCUGUCGGCGUGCAUGGCCCACCUGGUGGCAGACUGCCUCUGCCCGCGCUGCAAACCCGCGUGGCCCCGUGUCGCUUCUGUGGUCGCUUGUGUCUGAGUUUCAGUGGACUUGGCCUUCCCCUUUCACACUCCGCACUGCCACUGCCGACUUAAACCUCCUCACUCUUGAGCCAGCUGCGCUUGCUCAUGAGCUUCGUGAAGCCGCCCGGCUUUGGGCUUGGCGUCGUGCCUUUCGGUUGCACAAGCACUACGACGGCGUUCAGCACUCUGGUGUUGACCGCGCUGCCACCAUGCACCUGCAUGCGUCUCUGCCUGACCUUGAGCGUGGGUUCCUGCGAGGCAUCUUGGCCGACGCUCAGUGGACUGCUUCUCGUGCCUGCAACGCUGGGGAGGCGUUGACCUCCGCGUGUCCUUGUGGUGCUGCCAAGCAGGAUACGCUGCACUACUUUUGGACUUGCCCUGACUUAAGACUUGCCUCGGCCUUGGCCUUCUUGUCUUACCCUGUGCGCGUUGCAGCUCUGACGCAGCGGUACCUUCUUGACGUUUGCCACUUCCGUGCCGGUGAACACGCGGGUGCUACCGUUGUUCUGCCUGACCCGUCUGUGCAGUUUUCAGCUGUGAAAG